CCAAAACUCUAACAGCCCGGAAUCCUUAUUUCUUAGCGACCAUUCCCGACCGAAAUUAUUCGAGCAUCUCGCUGAAAUUAUCGAAAAGAACGUAUUCCAGUGGUUACAGUUAGUCACGCCUUCGCGCACAUUCUCCGUCUCUGUAGUGCCCCGCCCUCGAACAAGCACAUUAUCGAAACCGCUUCUCUACCCGAAAGCACGAACUCUCGAACCAGGCCUCAUGUCUAUCGAAGCUGAGGGCUCGGCUCCCCCGCCGCAAGCCCCCGAGAAGCAGGAAGUCAAGUCAGAAAAGAAGGACCAGAGCAAACCCCAGCAGCCUCCCAAGGAUGGCCAACAACAGCAAGCCGCCCCCGCAGGCGAGAAGAAGCUCUCCGGAGCUGAAUUAAAGAAGAGAGCCAAAGAGGAGAAGGCCGCUAGACGCGCCCAAGCCAAGGUUGCUCAAGUGCCACAGGGCCCAGCGCAAGGUGACAAGCAGGCCGGUGGUGAUGGCAAGGGAGGCAAGGCAAAGCCUAAGCAAGACGGACAAAAUCAGCAGCACGGCGGCGCAAAACUUCCCAUUCGACCAGCAGGUGCGACCGUUGUCAAGGACGACAAGCCUUCGAUACCAGACUGCUUCAGCCAUCUGUCUAUGGCCAGGCGCAUAGACAUGACCCACGCCGACAAGGACGUUCACCCUGCUGUCUUGGUUCUCGGAGAGCACAUGAGCGCAUUUGCGAUCAGUGACAGCAUCACUCGACUGGAAGCAACUUUAUAUGCUUUCAAGAAGGUCAUCGACUCGUACACAACACCUCCUGGCUCCACUUUCUCCCGCCAUUUCACAUCUCACGUUCUCAACCCUCAGAUCGAGUAUCUCACAGCAUGCCGUCCCAUGUGUUUCUCCAUGGGUAAUGCUAUCCGAUGGCUCAAGCUUCAGAUCAGCAAGAUUGACAUCGAUCUCCCCGACUCUGACGCCAAGAAGCUCCUAUCCGAGUCCAUCGACAAUUACAUUCGUGAACGCAUAACUCUCGCGGACUACGUAAUCGUUGAGACGGCUGCCAGCAUGAUUGAAGAAGACGAUGUAGUACUCACUUACGCUCAUCACCACCUCGUUGAGCGCACCCUUCUCCAGGCUCGCCAGCUCCAGAAGAACUUCCGUGUUAUCCUUGUCGACGAUCCUUAUGAGCGUGUCGGCAUCGAUCUCGCAAAGAAGCUCUCCGCUGCUGGCAUUCACGUCGCCUACUCUUCCGAUCUCAGUGCGCUGCGAACCCACCUCUCCGAGGCCACCCAAGUUCUGCUUGCCGCCGAAGCCAUCUUCAGCAACGGUGCCAUGUACGCCCGUGCAGGCUCAUGCGACAUUGCUACAGUCGCUACUGACCUUGGUGUUCGUGUCGUCGCUCUGUGCGAGACCAUCAACUUCACCGAGCGUGUGUCUAUUGACUCGCUCACCUACAACGAGAUUGACCCUGAGCGAUCCACUGACGUUGGGUUCCGCUUGCUUUUCGACACUACGCGGGACAAGUACAUCACGGUUGUUGUGACGGAACUGGGCAAUUCUUCGGCUACUUCUGUGCCAGCUAUCCUAAGAAAACUAGAGGAGUUGUAGGCUUUUGAAUUCAAGUAAAAACAUGGGUUACACUUUCUCACCUGAUAGAUGAUGCGGUGUUUGGGUUGUCAUUCUGAUCCAGAUUGUGAAUGUAUAAGAGGCAGUCUUUUGAAGCAAUGAAACUGUACUUGUAUUCUGUAGCGUUUGUGAUGUUUCUGGUCUGCUGCAAGCCCGGUGAUUUCUC